AUGAAAUUAUUGGAGGAGUUGGAUCUUUCCAACAAUCAAUUAUCCGUUGAAAUAUCAGAGGACAUAUUUGAAGCUGCGCACCAACUCCGUUUCUUGAAACUUUCAAAUAAUAAGCUCGAGGGACCUAUUUUUCUAAUACCCACUGAUUUGCAGAUCUUGUUCUUGAAUGAUAACAAAUUUAAUGGUAGAGUCCCAAGCCACAUUUUCAACACAUCCAUCAUUUCAUUGGAUGUAACCAAUAAUCGUUUGGUUGGAAAGAUUCCAAGCCUUAUAAAAAACUUUUCAAGAUUAUCGGAACUUCGAAUGUCCAACAACCACUUUGAAGGAUCCAUUCCAUUAGAAUUGGCACAACACGAAGCUCUAAAAGUUCUAGAUCUCUCCCAAAAUAAUUUGACUGGGAAAACGAAAGAGAAAGCAAGUUUCACAUCAAAGAAAAGAGACGAUACUUACAUAGGAAGCAUCCUUGCUUAUAUGUCUGGAAUUGAUUUAUCCCAGAACAAACUGAAGGGGAAUAUCCCAUACGAGCUUGGAAACUUGACAAGAAUCCGAGGAUUGAACUUGUCUCAUAAUGAAUUGACUGGACAAAUUCCAGAUUCGUUCUCCAAAUUGAUACAGACAGAGAGUUUAGAUCUUUCUUUCAACAUGUUGAGUGGUCAAAUUCCUCCUCAACUCAAUAUCCUAACCUCACUUGCAGUAUUUAGUGUCGCACACAACAACUUGUCAGGCCCAACACCUGAACGAACAAGACAAUUUUCAACAUUUGAUGAAAGCAGCUACGAGGAUAACCCGUUUCUUUGUGGACCUCCACUACCAAAGAGUUGCAAUCCAGCUUCUACAGUUAUUCCAACUGAUUCGAACACUGACAGAGAGGAUGGUAGUUUGGUGGACAUGUAUGUUUUUUGUGUGAGCUUUGUUGUGGCAUACACAUUAGCAUUGUUGGCAACUGCAGCAGCUUUAUACAUCAACCCUUACUGGAGGCAAGCAUGGUUUUACUACAUGGAAUUGCUCACUUUAAAUUGUUACUACUUUAUGGUGGACAAUUUGCGUAGGUUUUCUAAUUCUAGAAAUAUGUAA